AUGAUGCGACUCGUCAACACGGAGCCUGCCAAGGACCCCAAGACCCGACUCAUGAGAGUCUUUCCUCAGGAUGAAGCUCCACCUUAUGCUAUAUUGUCCCAUCGAUGGAGUCCGAAAAGUGUAGGGGAGGUAACCUUCCAGCAUCUUGACCCCAACUCCGAAUCACCGAAGGGUCCUGUCAGCUACAAAAAGAUCACAGAGUUCUGUAACAAGGCCUUUGACGCCGGAUUCGAGUGGGCGUGGAUCGACACUUGCUGCAUCAACCACGAGGACUCUCAAGAGGAGGGAAAGUCCAUCAAUUCAAUGUAUAGCUGGUAUCGCAAGGCCGAAGUUUGCUACGCAUAUUUGGCAGAUGUCACUAAGCUUGAGGAUAUUGGAAAGAGCGAUUGGUUCAAGAGAGGAUGGACGCUACAGGAACUCCUAGCCCCGCGGAAUCUCAUUUUCUUCGACCAAAAUUGGAUCGACAUCGGCUCGAGAGCUCUUCGGCGAGACAUCAUCAAGGAGACAACGAAGAUUCCAUCCGAAGUUCUACUCAUAAACACCAACACCGACUACAGUGUAGCACAGAUAAUCUCGUGGGCCACGGGCAGGGAAACAAGUCGCCCUGAAGACCGCGCGUACAGUCUACUUGGUUUGCUCCGCAUCACAAUGGCGUUAAAUUACACCGAAGGGGGUGAAAACGCCUUUGUCAGACUUCAGCAGGAAAUCAUUAAACGAUCUACGGACCAUUCUAUUUUCUCUUGGACAGCCAAAAUUGAAGAACCUGGCAAACUAAGGGACGCUUUUGCAAAGAGCCCAGAUGAGUUUGCGUCUUGUGCGGACGUCGAGCCCAAUACCACCUCUCGAGAAUUCGCGCUCACUAAUAACGGUCUCCGCAUUCAAAUGCGCAUCAACGACAAGGAUCCUAAUAUGAUAUGGGGCGUGCUCGAUUGCACGCGCAAAGGAAAGCACGUCGCCAUACCCCUCGAGCAGAUUGGGGAUGCUGCAGAGCGUCGCUACGGACGGGUUGGACGUCGUGGUCCGGCUGAUGGCGCUACUGAUGUUGAAGCUGCGAUUUUCAAUGAAAUGGAAUACAGGGAGGUAUAUAUUGCACCCACUGGACCACGCAACUUCAAUCUUUCUGAGUGGAUGGACGCUGGGGCGCAGUAUACCUUUUUCAUGGAGCCACCCAUGACGCCAGGCAGCCCUCUUGUUAUCGACCUGAAAGCCACUGGGAAAGGUCGAUGGAAAUUCGGACCCAGGGCCUGGGAACUGAAGCUGGAAGAAACAGGUCACUGUGGAGCCAUGCUCCUGCAGCAUCCACUUGGCGAGGAUCAAUUUGUGGUCAUGCUGGGAGUCCACAACAAUAGAGUGUGGACUAACAUUGAGCCAAAGAACGGGGGUGGCGAGAGUCUUCAAGAGAUAACGAACAACUACCUCGUGACUGCCAAGGACUUUCAUGCUUCAGACCGGGGCAAGCCUGUUUUGAAUGGCUUGGAUGAGCAUGUGCAGGAUCUUGGGGGAGGGAAACAUGUGAGUGUGAAGAUUCGAAAUGGGGAAGUGAGGAGAGAGAAAUGUUUCAGGGUCCGAAUCUCGUUUUUGGUUUAUAAUUCGAAGUUGUAG